AAUCGCGACGAAAUUUCCAAUGCGGCCCUAUCAACAGACAUAUUUCCUGGUCAAUAGCGCAUGAAGCGUGUUUCAGACGCUCUACAUAAAAAAAUAAAAUGACGUAGUUGUUAUGAAAAGGCUCACAUAAAUCUGACAUCUAAUUUUUAAAUUUCGCGCUUCUUGCCCAGCUGACAGAGUGGUCUGUUUCAACUUAUAAUGGCGUAUUAGCAGUAGUUAUGUGCACGCGUUAUUUGUGAUAGAUGUGUGAUCACCAACCCACUACUGCAGUUUUUCUGAUUUUUGACAGAAGAUCCCAUGACCCGCUCUCACCUUUCAUUGAAGGCUCACAGUCAUCGCGAUGCGUUUCAACAAACAGGAGCUGACAACAUUAGCCACGCAGCCUUCACAGAAAUUUGACAAAGAAGGUGUUUUGUUCCUGCGCGAAAGGCAGGAAGGUUUCUUUCGGCGUUCCGAAAGGAAAGACAACAAAAGAGGGAAAAGAUCAAAGAGUCUUCGAGAACUGAGCUGCUAUAGUGGACCAAGCAAAGUCAGCUUGGAACGCUGGUGUAGACUUCGUGGCAAUCUUCUGUUUUACUUCAAAUCCAGAGAACAGUGGUCCGAACCGCUUGGCGUUAUAAUUCUUGAACAGUGUUCCAUAAAGGUUGAUUCACCGUCUGUUGAAGGGCCAUAUGGGUUCCACCUAGUGUUUGACGGUGGUCUUAGUCAGCAUUUAGCAGCGUAUUCUCAGGGAGAGAGAGAUGCUUGGCUGCAAGCUAUACAAUUGGCCAGCUACGAGUGCAUGCGUUCACAGUUGUUGGCUCUGCAGCAACGAAUGGAGCUGAGACGAGGGCAUGAUCCUCACCUAGAUAUUCAUAUGUGGCGCAUUCGACAUGGUCAUUCUGUAGAUCCUUCAGAAUUGCCACUUUGUGAGAUAUCAUUGGCCUGUGAUAAUUUGCUUUGUGAUGGUCAUGGGCGCUCACCUAACCCUGUGCUUGCUGUGCAUGUUUUCAUACCAUCAGAAAGAGUCUGGAUGAAAUAUGGGAAAACAGAAGUGGUUGAGAGGAGCAGUAAUCCAUGCUUCCUUAACACCAUCAGCUUCCGUGCUAGUGACGGCUUGGGUACAGACACGAGAGUCCGUUUGACUGCUUUUGAUGUUCGUGAACAUGUGUCUCAAACAGCAAUUCCCAUUGGUUCAGCAAUCGUCACUCUAGGGAAAAUACAAGAAGCAGAUCGUCUACGUAUACCCCUACAAUCAGCAUCUGGUACUACUGUCGGUUUCCUGUCAAUCAGUGUGUGGAACCUCGAACCUGAAGAUAAGGGUGGGAGCACGGAGUCUACACCAUGCCGUAGUGUGCCAGAGCAUGAGGUUUCUGCGGUGUACUCACAUAGACGGUCACAGUCACUGCCUCCUCGCCUUGGCACCAGAAUGAAGCUGCCCAAUCAGGGUCACCUACCUCAACUCUUUGCUUCACCAUAUGUUCAGACAUACCGAUUCCAUUCUGGACUUGGUGGUGACAUUUGUGUACAUGAAUUAAUGGCUGAGAGUCGUUUGUGCUUCCAGUUCCCUCAGCAACUGCUAGCGCUUUGGAUCCAGGAAGAAAAAGAACUGCUCCAGGAGGUAGCGGGCAUGGGAGAGUUACGUGAACCUUGGCACUCAAGACAAGUUGAAUUGCUUGACAGGCAUCUACAGCUGUUGCACCUUUACUCUCAAGCGAAGGAGAAUCUGGCAGUCCAUCGUGGCAGUUUCUUCAAGCCAAGUUCACGUAAAAAUGAUAGGACCCUGGAAUUUGCACCAGUCAAUCUACACUUGCAACGCAUGUGGGUACAGAAUGACACACUUCGGAAAAGCGGUUUCUAUGACAUCAUCACAGUUGGCGCUUUCACUGCACAUUCUCACAAAUCAAAAAAUGGAGGUCUCAUUAAGUUGUUACAGCAACUUAAGGAGUCACCUUCAAAACAGAAUAGUAAUUUACAAGGCCCCACUAAAAUUUCCAUGGCACAUGAUGCUAUUCAGGCGAUUAAGCAACUGAGAAGAGAGGUUGUUGAUGGGAUGCGAGCUUUAAUGAAACUGGCAAAAGAGAAACAGACUGCUGGUAUGCUUCCUAUAUGUGAAGAUAUGAUCACAAAGACCCGAAUUCUCCUGAGCUUGUGGGAUCCAGGUCUGGUUGAAGAAGCUCUGUCAUUUAUAGAGGAACAUAAAGUGGCCCAACCUAUUGUAAAUGAAUCUGCAGAAGGCGAAGAUGGUCUCUGUAGUUUAGAGCUUCACCAGCAGCAACAGCAGACAUUAUCGCCAUACCGACGAAUUACUCAGCAACUAAAUUUUGAUCUGAAAUCACCAGAUAUAGAUGAUCUUGUGACACCUGAUACUCCACAGUGUACAAGAAGUUUCUGGAAUAUCCCUACUAGUAAUAGUUCUGCUAAAAUGUGCCCUACAAAUUCCGCUGACAAAGAAGGUGGAACAUCACAGAGCAAUAGGGAUUCUCAAUUCAUUAUUUUUCCUGAUGCAGAAGAGGACAUUGAUAGGGAAGCUAAUGAACUGAAGGAGAAAGAAAAUGAUGACAGUGGUGUAGAAAAUGAAGAGAACAUUCAUAGUAAUGAAGCUUCAGGCACAGACGAAACUAAACAAAUGAUUCUUCCAAACGGGUAUGAUUCAGAUAUUGGACGAAGAUUCCUGGAUACACAAGUGAUGUGCAGUUCUCCAUCUGCAAAUUACUAUAAACCAACUGAUGAACCUGAGCCGUGGGAUCUCACACAACUUAACAUUGAAGCCAGUGUUAUGUGCCUUGUCAGUAAAGUGAAAUUUCUCUGUGGCCGUUGUGGAAGCCCAGCUGUACGUCUGAGAUCUUCGCAGCGUGGUGUUGGAAGAUCUAGGAGCUUCAGAAGUGGGCUUUCAACAAAAGAAGCCAAAGACAGUGAAACUGCCAAAACUGAGUCUGUCGUCACGGUCCAGCCAACAAGCAAUACACCUCUGAGCAACGGGAAAGAUGGUAAUAGCCAAACUGAGAGCAUCUGUUCUUCUUCCAAAGCAAAAAGUGAAAGUGACAAAGUAAACUCAGAAGACUCUUUAGGCUUUAAUGCCAGUAUGAGCAGUGAUGAUGUUUUAAACAAAACUGUGGACACAGUUCAGAAGGCUGUCAAUGGGGCUACAAACAGAAAUGGUGCCACCGUUCGAAAUAAGUUCACUGAAGGUCUGGAUUUUGCUUCCAUUGUAGACUGGACAUGUGAACUGAGGCCUAGUAUGAGAAAACUAAGGCAAGCAAUGGAUGGACUUCUAAAGACUGCUCGUCUUACUCAUAGUGUUUUCCGUGUGCAAGAAGAUAGUAGGAUUGCACAACGUGCAUGUAACGUUCGUUACCGCAGGGAUGUGUGUUUUUCACAAUCUCUCACGUCACUCGUUACUGGACUGAUGGCAAAAUUAUGGUGCCAGAAGCCUGAUCCAACAUUUCUUCUAGUUCUCACUACACUCGGGCCGUUGGUAUCAUUUGAAGGCCUGCUCAGCUACUAUGGUGAUGAAAUAGACAUGUGGGGUGACAUGACAGUGGCUGUGGAAGACCUUGUAACUGUGAAAUUUACACUGACACGUUCUCCCAAUAACUGUCGAUCAGGUAGCCAGCAGCAAGAAGCAGGACAGCCACAGCUGCCAGCUCCACGUGUGACAGGUUCCCGGACUGCUCUGACUGUGCUACUUCCUGUCCCCGAUGCCGUCUAUUCCAUGCUACCACUGUCACACCCAGGGGCUGACACUGUUUCAUUUAACAUCACACCAGUUUAUUUCAACAUUGGAAUUAAUGAGAUGGCAACUUUGGCUGAAAGCCUGGGCAGCACUCGGCCACAGGAGAAGAGCAAUGUUGAUAAUUUUGACCGUUUAAAUGAGUAUUACCAUCGUUUCCGCAAGUUGAAUAUACCAGCCGACAUGGCAGGUCAUAGAGGCCAGUCUUGUGCUCCAUUACAAAUGAGUCUUGGAGAUCUCGUAGAGAAACUUCGUCAAGCUGUUCAUACGAGACAGAGCAAGAAUGUUCAAGUCCUGCAUUUAUCAUCUCACAUCUGCCGAAGGAUGAAAGGUUUACGCUUCACUAGCUGCAAGAGUGCCAAAGAUCGCACUGGAAUGUCUGUAACUUUAGAACAAUGCCAGAUUCUUGUCACGGAUUAUGAUUUGGCAGAACAUGAAUUCCGCAGAGCUUUGGACUGCAUGAGGAGUGAAGGUAGCCGUAGAGAGAAUACUAACAAGAACACAGGUGUUCGCAAAUAUGCUUUCAAUAGCCUUCAAUUGCUCACUCUGCCUAAGGAGUACAGGCCACCUGCUGGUACUUAUGGAUCUGCACAAACGUGAUGUGACUGUUGUGUCUUCCAGUCAAGUUCCUAUAUAGUGUUGGUGCUCUUUGGUUCUCAUAAACUUAACCAGAAAAUUACAAGAAGUGUUAGUGAGCUGCAGUUACCUGAUUCUUAAAUGUCCCAAAAUUCAUUAAAAUUUGUGUGGCGUGUGUUUGCUCUAAGAGCUUAUUGAUGAUACAGUGAUGCUUCGUAAAAGAUUACUCAGCAUCUGAUACAUUUAGUGAAUCUACAUAAAGUAGCUUCAUAAGCUGUUCAGCUUCAGAAAACAAUAAACAAAUGAAAUCUGCAAAAUAUAUACAGCCAAGUGAUGUCUGUUUCUGCCUUUAGCAGGCAGCUUUAACAAGUACAUUGUUGACAGAAAUCUGUGUGCACUAAGAAAAUAUUCACCUUACCUAGACAGUACAAAUUUUACACUGGGUGAUUACUGUACAUAGCAAAAGUAUUAUGUAAUACUUCAAAUUCUAAACACAUAUUCAUCUUUUAUUUGCUACUUAUUCUGCACAAAAUGUAACAAUAUAAGAAA